AUGUCCUUUACACCUCGCCAAGUCAAAUCAUUAAAUAAAGAUUUAUACCUGACUAGCAUACCAUAUAACAACAAAUUUUAGAGAACUUUUACAAAUGAGGAAAUCUCAAGUGUGUCGAAAAAAUUAGAUUUUGAUUAAUUUGACAAUUAAGUGUAAAAACCAACCUCUGUAUUGAAAAUGAAUUCACUUCCACUUAAAGGAAUAAGAUGA